ACGAUCUUUUUGGAAAAUGUAUGAUUGAUUGACUUUGAUCUGUUUCUGCAACAUAUUGAAGCAUAAGCAGAAUGUAGAGACAUCUUUACAAGCCAACUAAUUAACAGUGCCGUUGGGGAAGAGAGCCAGAAUAUACGCACAAGCUAAAUUAGUUCUAACGAAACCAUCACAUGGAAGAAAAAACAGAUAUAUGCUCCUUGAGGAUAAGUUUUUUCUCAAAAUUAAGAACUAUCAAUCUUGUCUACUAUCUACACUUAAAUCAUCAUUUUCAACACGUCCACAGAAGCGACUUAAUCGAAUAUUACAUAGCAGCACAUUCUCAUCGAUCACAUUCUAGUCUCGAUGCCAGACUUAAAGUUAACAAAGAAUUAUUUCUAUUCCAAUUUUAGUCUAAUUUUAAAUUAAUGCUAUUCCUUCUAAUGUGCUCUGUUUUGUUUAUUUCGUUCGUUCAGUAUAUAUUCAAAUUGUUUUCGACAAAUGUUUACAAAAACAAUAAAGGCUUCGAGAAUUCCAAAUAUAAUACAGAACAUUUUUACACAUUCAUCAUGUUCACUUCUAUCUCACUUCACAAAUUCAUGCAUAAUUAGUGAAGAUCAUGUGGAUAUUACAUAUGCAUAAAAAAAAUCCUUCAUUUCUCAUCACAAAACAACAUCCAUGAAAUAUGAGGAAAAAAACAUGUAAAAAUAAUGACGUCGAACUCCAAGCGAAUAAAAAGCUUCGAAUCUCUGUCAUAUAGAGAUCCCACCCACGCGCAACAUACGAGCUCAAUCAUACCACAGACGUCAUUUAGUUCUAAUGUGUAAUGUGUCUAUAGCUUACAUCGGUAAUCAAAUGUUUACUUCAUUGUUGUUGAAUAUAAGUGUGAAAUUUGCACAUGAGAAACACAUUAUCGAAUUUCUAGUAAUAUUUUUCAUGAAAAAUAGAUGUGAAUUAUCUUGUACACCACAUCGAAACGAAAUAAAAAAGGGAUAAUGAUUAUCAUGAAGUGCGAUUUUUUGUUUCCACAACAAGUGGUCUCAAACAAUUGUUUUUACUCAUAAUGUUCAACGUAUAAAACGAUGAAACGUCUAUUUUGUACAGGACGAGCUAAAUAUUUAUGAUUAUCACAACAGCUUGAUCCCAUCGAAUAUACUUGAAACUGAUAGAGAAUAAUAGUGGAACCAUUUAAAUUCUAUCUACGUGAAUAUGAGCUCAUUGCUAGCAUUCGAUUUUUGCCGUCACGUUACCGGUGAAACGGUUACCGGUUAGACCAGUUACCGGUUGGAACGGUUACCGGUUGGAACAGUCACCGGUGAACCGGUGACCGGUUGAGCCGGUUAUCGCCACUGUUGCAUCCCUACUUCUCAUGCAUCAAUAUUUUUACUAUGCACUUUUCAUACAUAGAAAGAGAGAGAGAGGCGUGUUUCAUACUCUGAUUGGGUGAUUGAUUUCUUAGUUCGGACGACUGUUGAAUUAAAACAAAACAGAACUAAUUUUGACGAAUUUUUGAUAUGUUUGAGGUCUAAAACAGAGUUAAGUUAAUUCAAUUCUGCAGUACGUUUGACCCAAAAAGACAUCAUCGAAGUUCUUUGAUUGGUAUGAGUGAGUAGAUGAGUAAUCAUAAAUCGAUCGAGAAAACACUACUAGAGAUAUAGAUUGAUUACCAACCAAUCUAAACUAAUUCGUUCAGUUGAUUUCCAUAGGAAAUAAAAUAAGAGUGCUUUCAAUCGAUAAAAGAAGUUUUAGUAUCAAAUUUGUGAGUAACACAGAUAAACCGUUUUUUUUAAAUAAAAUUUGAAAAAAGCUAGAAAAAAAAUAUUCUUUUCAAUAUCAUAAUAUAUUUAUUUAUUUAUCUAUCUAGCUUUUAGAAUAUGUCUAUUGUGAAAAAUCUAGUCUUUUUUUGAAUCUUAUUUCUCAAACAGAGUAUAUCAGAUGAUGACUUUGAUCGUUUACCAAAGCCUCCAGUAAAUUAUCGUCAUUUUGUUGAGCAAGCUGGUAAAACUUAUAAAAUUUUGGGUUCGUGCAGUGAAGUGAAACUCAUUGAGCCUAUGUCUCGUUGUGUUAUACAAAUAGGUCAUAAAUAUAUGCUUAAAUAUAUGUCUAUUAAUUUUGCUCAAGAAUCAACUGGAAGUGGAGUUAUUAUAUUUAAAUCGAUCGAAAAUUAUAUAUCUUCUAUUAUUAUUUUAACUGCAUUUCAUAUAGUUGUACCCCAAAUGGAUUUAAGAUCUCUUAUCUUUUAUUCAUCGGUCAUUUCUCAACAAUUAUUCCGAGUGUUUUGUGGUUUAAUUAUAUAUAUGACAAUUUGCACAUGCUUUAUGUAUUAUAUUAUAUUAAUGAUUUAUCCAUUUCUAUUUGAAUCAUUAUUUCGAAUUCGUUUAGUACCCGGAGGAAAAAAUGAUUUUAAUAUGGGAUCCUAUUCGAUGGAUUGUCAACUAAUAUCAUCAAGAUUAAUAUUGUCAAAAGAUUGGUGGGAUGAUAUAGGUUAG